AUGGCACAAGCAUCAGUGACAGUCAAACAUGAGAACAAUCGUGAGACACAAACAUCUCUCACAGGAUUGGAAAUCGAAACAAUGUUAAAGGAGUUGCAAAAGCUUAAAAAGGACAUCAGUGAAUUGACAAAUGAAAAGAAUCAGCUGCUGGAGAAAAAUGCCAAGUUGAGUGAAGAAAAUGCAAACCUACUCGAGGCAAACUUAAAACUCGAGUAAGAAACAAAAAGACUAAGACACUCUCUUGAAAACUUUCGUUUCGAUAUUGAGAAAUAUAAAGACAAUGCUGAAGACAUUGCCUUUUAUACUGGUUUACCAGACUAUAAUGCACUGCUGAUAUGUUUCGACAUGGUUAAAGAUGCAGCAGAGCAUAUUGAAUAUGAACAUGAACGAACGCACCCAGGAAUUCAGUGUGGCAGACCUCGAUGUUUAACCAAGUUCCAAGAGUUUACUUUGACACUAGUGAGAUUAAGGCUUGGAUUGCUGGAAAAGGACCUUGCUCAUCGGUUUAGUGUCUCAAGACCCCUUGUAUCCAAAGUUUCAAGGGCCUGGACGAGAUUUCUGAGGGGACAGUUUGAGCCACUUAUUACUAUUCCACCCAGGGAAGUUCUCAAACUCUACAUGCCUGACAUUUUCAAAUCCUUCUAUCCAGACUGUGUCAUUAUUGUGGACUGUACAGAGUUUGAGAUGGAGAAACCUUCAGCACUUAAUUCUCAAUCUGCUUGCUACUCGUCAUACAAGUCUAGAACGACGAUGAAAGCCUUGCUUGGUAUAACACCCAGUGGUGCUUUAUGUUUUGUCAGUGAGCUAUUUCCUGGUUCAACUUCUGACAAGGAAAUAACAGCUCAAAGUGGACUGUUGGACAAGUUACAACCUUAUGAUCAAGUUAUGGCAGACAAAGGGUUCAACUGCACUGAUGAGCUUGCUUCUGUGGGAGCAGAACUGAUUAGACCAGCAUUUUUGGUUAAAGAUACACAAUUCUCAAAAGAAAGAAACCAACCACAACAAGAUUGUUGCCAGUUUGAGAGUACAUGUUGA